AGGAGUCAGAAGAAACGAAACUACCCCGUAACGUGAGAAUCGCUCGGCACAGUGUUGGCGGCUCCACGGCGCGAGAUGGUCGACGCGACGAGCGUGCUGGUGGCGGUGCUGGCCGUGCUGGUGGCGGCCGCGCUGUGGUCGCGGCACCGGCAGGGCUACUGGCGCAAGCGUGGCGUGCCCACGCCGCCCGGGAGUCUGCCCUUCAUCGGGGACAUGGGCCCCAUCGUGUUAGGCCGCAGGAGCUUCGCGGACCACUUCACCGACCAGACGCGUGGCCACCGCGACCGCGGCUACUGCGGCAUGUACAUGUGGGGCCAGCCCACGCUGCUGGUGUUCGACCCCGAGAUGGUGAAGCAGGUCGUCUGCAAGGACUUCUCCAGCUUCCACGACCGCGCGCCGGCGAGCGUCUCCGCGGAGACCGACCCGCUCAGCCAGCACCUGUUCAGCAUCACGGGCAGCAAGUGGCGGAACCUGCGCAACCGGCUGUCGCCCACCUUCACCUCCGGCAAGCUCAAGCUCAUGUUCCCGCUGAUGCGCGACAUCAGCGACCAGCUCAGCGUCACGGUCGCGGGCGACGUCAAGAAGUCUGGCGGCGAGGUGGACGUGGCUCUCAGAAGAGCUUCAUCCAUGAAUCCUUCGGGCAGCUCUUGCUCUUCUUCAUUUCCUUCACUACUCGAUGAAGCGGACGGAACAUUCCCAGCACCCCUGCCGCGACCACCCCUUAUGUCUGUCGACGGUUAUGUCUAUCAAAUAUUAUGCCUGUCAAAUGUUAUGUCUGUCAACAGUUAUAUGUAUAUGCGAUUUGGUUAUUUCUGUAAAAUGUUAUGUCUGUAGCAAUUAUAAUUAUAAUUUAAAUAAUAAAUGCUUUUUAUUUCAGAAAUAUAUCCGUUAUUUCUGUCACCAGUUAUGUGGAUUUACAGUUAUGUGGGUCAAAAGUUAUGUCUGUCAACAGCAACU